CCAUCAAGGCCGACUUUUUUUAUUAACGCCAUCCAACGGUGUUAGAUUCACGCACAAACUCGUGAUUUGUCUCUUGGGAACACCCGAUCCUUGCCUUUUUCCUUUUGCUUUUGGCGGCAAUUGCUAUCGAAUCUUUUGGCCAAAAUUUUCCCUCUUUAAGUAGUCAUUUUAGAUUUGAUUCAAAACCGUAGGGGGAGAGAGAGAGAGAGAGAGAGAGAGAGAUGGCGUCGGGUGCAGGAGAACGGUCAACGGAGCAGAUCGACGAUUACGAGACGUUAAUUUCGACGACCGAUGUGGAGCUCUUGAAGGGAGCAUGGCGUAACGAGAAAGCGGCUCCUGAGAUCCUUCCUUUCGAGGAGGCUUUAGUUAAGAGAGCUAAAGAGCAGAUCCAGUUGAUGGAAGAAACAGUAGAUGACUUUGCAGAAAGUGGUCAUGAUCCUCUCAUUGCAUCACUCUAUCAGAUGGACCUGGAUCGGGCUCAAUAUUUGCUGAGAUCGUAUCUUCGGGUUCGGCUUCAGAAGAUUGAGAAAUUCAUGUUUUAUAUCUGGAAAAGGGAUACUUAUCGCAACCGUCUUUCUAUAGAAGAGGAAAAGUUUACUGAAAGGUGUAUUCGUGAUAUUGGGAAACAUCUUGAAGAAACUGUUCUGUCAAAAUUGCCUGAAAAUUAUCAGUCUGUAUUAAAGCAAUCGGUUAUAAGUGAAGAGGAUGACAUGGUUCCAGAGCCACAAUUAGAUACCUUUGUUGUUGCCAAAUGCGAGAAAGCUACAAGACCUUUGUACCUUGAUGGUAGCAGGCAAUCUGCUGGCUUUGACAGCAGGGAUGAUCACUUUCAAAUGGUGCCGGGGGAUCUAUGCAUUUUGCGUUACAGGCCAUUUCAAGAGGAACUGAUGAGCGGAAAUAUCAGUUUAGUUUGAGAAUCGAUCUGUAGCAAUAUCAGCAACUUUAAGAUGGUAUUAAAAUAAAGCUGCUCUUCUCACCAGGCACCAUUUAUCUGAAUUUUGCAAUACUGUAAGUACAAAUUUGUUCUGCAUCCUGAAACACUAUUAUUCCAGGUUACUUGGUAGUUUGGCCCAACUGUUGUAAUGAGCAAAUAUAUGGUGAUCAGGAAUCUUUAAAAAUUAUGUAGCUGUGAGGACCUGUCUCCACGCAUUUAGAUAAUGUAUGGCUCCUUUGGUAUUUAUUGUCAUGUUCAUGGUGGAACUUCCAAGGCCCUUGCCCUUCUGGACUUGAAGCCCAGGUUUUCAUGUCAGUUGGAUGGUUCAUAGUUCUAGCCUCAAAAUGAUAUACUAGACUAUUCUAGGCUUCGCAAAUACCAGCACAUCUUGCAUCUACAUAAAUGGGCCACAGGGCUAGAGGGUUUUAAAGCUCUGGGGAAUAGUUUAAAACCCAAUCAUUCUACCUGGUGAAGGCCUUAGGCAGCUUAUAGCUAUACAACUCAGUGGCUGGACAAUCAACAAAUUGACCAAAUUGAGUCAAAUGAAGGAAUCCAUGUUAAUGGUAGUUGCUAAAUGCUUCUGUCAACGCAAACAAUUCCCCAUUUUUGUUCCCUAAUUAAUUAAUUAAUUAACAUGAUUAUGAUAAUUUAUAUACUUAAUAUCCUUUUAAUAUUAAUCAAAACUCCAGCAAACACAUGACAAAAUUACCUGGAAAAAACCAAUAAUAGAAAAGAAAAGACAGGUUAAAACCUAGAGAAUUAUGGA